CUCAGUUGGUUUCAUGCCGCUGGGAAGAGUUCCCGCGCAUGGAGGAUCCCGCCCCUGGGGUGCUCACCCUAUCGCAGGUGAAAGUGUGUGAGCUCACGCGGAACAAGCAAAAGGCGGCACUCUUCAGCAACCCCUUGGGCAAAGCCUGCUACGAGCUGGAUCAGGACCGUGUGAAGGCAUGCCUCGACGAGCUGGAUGAAUGCCAACUCCUCGAGGCUGGCUUGGUCUAUGCCUCGGAGGUGCGGUCCACGGACCGUCCGCUGAACAGCAAAGAGUGGCGCAUGUUUCAAGCAGAGAUCGGCUGUCAGCCGUUACACCUGGCCUGCUUAGCCUGUGGUCGUGCCGUGGAGCGCCUUCAGAAGGAAGGUGCCUUUGAGAAGGCGAAAGCCACACAGUCCUUGGCAGGGGAUGUGGUGAAGCUUCUGGCAGAGUACGGAGCACAGCUCGACCUAGUCGACGUGGGUCCGGUGGAAGGCACUCCCCUCCACCUGGCCGCGCGCUUCGGCGCGGCGAAGCUCUUGAGCACCCUGCUAACCUUGGGCGCCGAUGCCUCGGUCGUGGACGGGGACGGCUGCACCGCGGCGCUGGUGGCUCAGCGGAGCGGGCAGGUGCUUUGCCAAGAGAUCUUGCAGGUAGUCCUCGCGGAGGAGCAGCGCGAGAUGGACCUGCUGGAGGGCCCCGUGGGCGAACGCGCCCGGCAGAGAUGGAAGGAACGAAAGGGGCUCAAGCCCGGCAACUCCGCGGCGGAUGACACCGGUUGCGCCCUCGAGGGCGAACGGCCGAGGAGGAUUACGGGAACGAAGUAUGCGCAGGGGCUCUGGGCAGCGCUCAACCUGGAUCAGCACGGCUCGCGCUCGCGCUCCAGCUCGCGCUGCAGCACCGUCCACUCCGACGAUUCGGACCCGGAUCUUCAACUCCGCCGGAGCGUGCUGAAGCUCCGCGCCCGCAAGGCGCGGCGGCAGGACGAGCUGGCGAUGGCCCAAGAGGAACGACGGGAGGCGCUGGAAGAGAGCGAGCACCUGGAGAAGCAGCUCACUGCCCUGAAGGAUCGCUCCGAGACGCUGCAGGACCGCCUGGCUCGCUUCGACGCGGGCGAUGCCGAACUGGCCGACGAGAUCGCCAGCGAGAGGGAACUUCGGGAGUGGUGGGAGAAGCGGGCGAACGAGCUGGAACAGCAGGUCGCCCAGCGCUUGGCCGAGCGGAAGGCGAUGCGCGAGGCCAUGAGCGAAGAGAUCUACCGCCUUGAACGGGAGCUGCGCUUUCAUCAGCGACGGGUGCAAGGCCUAGAGGAGUACUGGGAACAGUUCUACGAGGCGGACUGCGCCGUGGAAGUGGUGGACUUCCUCAUGGCCGAGCAGCGGUGCCGGUACUUGGAGUCGGACCUGGCGAAGCUCACCAAGGGCUUAGACCUGCCUCUCUUCGAGACCUCUUCGAGAACUCUGGCGGCGCCGUGGCGCUUGGCCGCCGUGGCGGCGGUGCAUCGUGCGGUGCACGCGCUGCGGAGUAGCCACAAGGACAGGCUCAACGAGAUGACGGAGUUUUGUAACAGUCAACUGGCGGAGAAGGAGCACCAGCUCUCCAUGGCCAUCGAGGCCUCACUGCAAGAGCUGGCGCAACGCUCCACAGAUCCAGUCUCCUGGGGGAAGCUCGCGCGGAUGAUCGACCUCACUCGGGAGAGGCUGGAGAGGGAGAGCGCCAAGACCGCCGAGGAAGAGGUGGAGGAGACCAGCGUUUGAGGCUGUUUUCGCGCGGCCGGUUGUACAGGACACCGCGGCCGGUUGGAUGGCCUGCAUGGCCUUGAAGAAAGAGAGCACCUGGGUGGGGGGCUUCCGGAAGGUGACACCUUGGAAGGUGCUGGUAUAUUUUUCAGCACCACUCAGUUCGGCU